AUGAGUCUAAUACGACUGGGUGCCGACAACAGACUUGAAACAGAACUUUACCAAUUAUGCGAUUUGAACUUGGACUUAUAUCACGAAGAUAUCAAAGCGGUCAUUGUGAAAAUGAAGGUACCUAGCGACGGUCAGCAAUGUAUCAGGGUAACAUAUAAAGGAACAGAAUACGUAAAAGGACAUGCUUUGAUGAUCCGGCAAAAUGGAUAUGAGGAGAACAUAACUAUCGGAAAAAUUUGUUUGUUUCUUUGUUCCGUCGAUACGCAUGUGUACGUUCUUUUUGAGGUUGUAGAAAGUUAUUUUAGACCAUACCUGCGAGCUUAUCAACUGGGACCUAAAAUCAGAUAUGAAUGCCUUCUAUUGCACGAUAUUAUGGAUUUUAAACCUAUGCAUAUAUACGAUUUAGGAAAUAUGCUGGUAGCUUUGGAGGACGGCACUGAAAUAGAUGACGAUGAUAUUAUAAUCCAGUUAUCCGAUACGUGCAAUACACCGUUGUUACUCACAAUUUGGAGUGAAAAAUUAGCUUUGAAAGAAACAAAUGCGUUAAAAACGAACAUAGAAAAUAAUACCAAUGUUUUAAGUGUAACAAGUGUCGAAAAUAGACAAGCUUCUCCAAGUACGUCGAAAUCAAAAUCAAACAGGUCGCAAGAAAAAUAUGUUUUGGAUAUGAAAGAAAUAUGGAAUAAAGUGCCCAGUGGCAUAUUUGAAGCGUGUAAAAAUGGUGAAAAAUUACUUCCAAAGCACAGACAGUCACUAAAUAGAGUCGUAGCUGAUUACAUGAUCAACGAAAUCAAAGCCACCUCACGAGCAGUAGCUGAAGAAAUCGCUCACAAUAUUUGCGAAACGUAUCCCCUAACAUUUAAAGAUAUAAUCGGCAAUGAACAGUGGGGUAGUGGAAUUGAAACUCUGAGACUACAGAUAUAUAACUGUGUACAGUAUAUGAAACACACCAAACAACAAACGAAGAGAUCAUUAAGUCCCGACAGUGAUGAUGUCGAUAAUGAGUUAAAGAAAAAAGAAGCACUUCUGUUAAGACGUCAGGAUGAAUAUGGUGGUGUUGAAUAUGCAUCCAAAUUACCCAGCACCCCAAUCAGCAGAAAAUUUAUAUUUAAAUUUACUUACAGUUCAUCGAAGAACAUGCCGAAACCUUUUCAUGAACUGUGCAAAAAAGCCAAAAUACGGAGACUUAAUGCUGAAGAUGUAGAGGAAGCUACUUCUAGUGAUUCUCAGCAUUCUGAACUUUCUUAUCAUUCUAAUCUUUCUCAUCAUUCUGAAAUUGAUCAUCGUUCUGAACUUUCCUACCAUUCUGAUCUUUCUCACUAUUCUGACAUAUCUUAUCAUUCCGAAGUUGAUCAAAGUUCUAAAUGUUCUGAACAGUUUGAAUAUUGGGGUAGUGAUGAUUAUGAGGAAAGUGUAAAACAUGAAUAUAUCGAUAAUGAUGGUUCUCCCAAUCACCCACACAACUCUCCAUCUAAUUCGAGUUCUCGGUCUAGCGAAGAAUCAGUUUCUGAUAAUUCGAAAAUGCUAAAAUUUCUUCGUAGUUAG